CUUCACAGGGAGAGAAAAUCUCUCCUGGGGUGGAGUGGCCCGGAGCUCCAGCACCCUUAAGUUCCUUCGCUGAAACUUACUUUUUGCCAAUUAAGAGCCAUGCUUCGAGUGAUUGUGGAAUCUGCCAGUAAUAUCCCUAAAACGAAAUUUGGGAAACCGGAUCCUAUUGUUUCUGUUAUUUUUAAGGAUGAGAAAAAGAAAACAAAGAAAGUUGAUAAUGAACUCAACCCUGUCUGGAAUGAGAUUUUGGAGUUUGACUUGAGGGGUAUACCACUGGACUUUUCAUCUUCUCUUGGGAUUGUUGUGAAAGAUUUUGAGACAAUUGGACAAAAUAAAUUAAUUGGCACAGCGACCAUAGCCCUGAAGGACCUGUUCGGUGACCAGAGCAGAUCUCUGCCCUACAAACUGAUCUCCCUGCUAAAUGAGAAGGGGCAGGACACUGGGGCCACCAUUGACUUGGUGAUAGGCUAUGACCCACCGGCAGCUCCACAUCCAAAUGACCCGAGUGGGACCGGCAUGCCAGGCAUAGGAGGAGAAGAGGAAGAAGAUGAAGGUGAUGAAGACAGGUUGGACAGUACGGUCAGGGACCCUGGGCCCAGGCGGCCGGUUGGGACGGUGUCAGAAGUUCAGCUUGCUCGGAGGCUCAGCAAAGGAAAGAACCGCCGGCGGACACUGCCCAACAAGCCACAGGACUUCCAGAUCCGGGUCAGAGUGAUUGAAGGCCGUCAGUUAAGUGGCAACAAUGUAAGGCCUGUGGUCAAGGUCCAUGUCUGUGGCCAGACACACCGAACAAGGAUCAAGAGAGGGAACAAUCCAUUUUUUGAUGAGUUACUUUUCUACAAUGUGCACAUGACCCCUUCUGAACUGAUGGAUGAGAUCAUCAGCCUCCGGGUUUAUAAUUCCCAUUCUUUGCGGGCAGAUUGUCUGAUGGGGGAAUUUAAGAUUGAUGUUGGAUUCGUUUAUGAUGAACCUGGUCAUGCUGUCAUGAGAAAAUGGCUUCUUCUCAAUGACCCCGAAGAUGCCAACUCUGGUGCUAAGGGUUACAUGAAAGUCAGCAUGGUUGUGUUGGGAACCGGAGAUGAGCCUCCGCCUGAGAAACAAGACCGUGAUAAUGACAGUGAUGAUGUGGAGAGUAAUUUGUUACUCCCUGCUGGCAUUGCUCUCCGGUGGGUGACCUUCCUGCUGAAAAUCUACCGGGCCGAGGAUAUCCCCCAGAUGGACGAUGCCUUCUCACAGACGGUGAAGGAGAUAUUUGGAGGCAAUGCAGAUAAGAAAAACCUUGUGGAUCCUUUUGUAGAAGUUUCCUUUGCUGGAAAAAAGGUUUGCACAAAUAUAAUUGAGAAAAAUGCAAACCCUGAGUGGAAUCAAAUCAUCAAUCUUCAGAUCAAGUUUCCUUCAGUAUGUGAAAAAAUAAAACUAACAAUAUAUGACUGGGACCGGCUUACCAAAAAUGACGUAGUUGGGACAACGUAUCUACACCUCUCUAAGAUUGCUGCCUCUGGUGGGGAAGUGGAAGAUUUUUCAUCUUCGGGAACUGGGGCUGCAUCAUAUACAGCAAAUACAGGAGAAACAGAGGUGGGCUUUCUUCCAACAUUUGGACCUUGUUAUUUGAAUCUUUACGGAAGUCCCAGAGAGUAUACAGGAUUCCCAGACCCCUAUGAUGAGUUGAAUACUGGAAAGGGGGAAGGAGUUGCCUACAGAGGCAGGAUCUUGGUUGAAUUAAGCACUUUUCUUGAAAAGACACCACCAGAUAAAAAGCUUGAGCCCAUUUCAAAUGAUGACCUACUGGUUGUUGAGAAAUAUCAGCGAAGGCGGAAGUACAGCCUGUCUGCCGUGUUCCAUUCGGCCACCAUGUUGCAAGAUGUUGGCGAGGCCAUUCAGUUUGAAGUCAGCAUUGGAAACUAUGGCAAUAAGUUUGACAUGACCUGUAAGCCUUUGGCAUCGACAACUCAAUACAGCCGUGCUGUAUUUGAUGGGAACUACUAUUAUUACUUGCCUUGGGCUCACAAAAAGCCAGUUGUUACCCUGACUUCAUACUGGGAGGAUAUUAGUCAUCGGCUGGAUGCGGUGAACACUCUUCUAGUUAUGGCAGAACGGCUGCAAUCAAACAUAGAGGCUCUAAAAUCAGCGAUUCAAGGUAAAAUUCCUGCAAACCAGGUGGCUGAAUUGUGGUUGAAGCUGAUAGAUGAAGUGAUAGAAGACACAAGGUGCACGUUGCCUCUUACAGAAGGAAAACCCAAUGUCACAAUUCUUGAUACUCAGAUCCGAAAUUUGAGGUCCAGAUCUCUCUCCCAGAUACACGAGGCUGCUGUGAAGAUGAGGUCUGAAGCCACAGAUGUGAAAUCCACACUGGCAGAAAUUGAGGACUGGUUCGAUAAAUUAAUGCAGCUGGCUGAAGAGCCGCAGAAUAGUAUGCCUGACAUUAUCAUCUGGAUGAUCCGGGGAGAAAAAAGACUAGCCUAUGCACGAAUUCCUGCACAUCACGUUUUAUACUCCACCAGUGGUGAGAAUGCAUCUGGGAAAUACUGUGGGAAAACCCAAACCAUCUUUCUGAAGUACCCACAGGAAAAGAACAGCGGGCCGAAGGUUCCUGUGCAACUGCGAGUAAACAUCUGGCUGGGCUUAAGUGCUGUUGAGAAGAAGUUUAAUAGCUUCGCAGAAGGAACUUUCACCGUCUUUGCUGAAAUGUAUGAAAAUCAAGCUUUCAUGUUUGGAAAAUGGGGCACUUCUGGAUUAGUGGGACGUCAUAAAUUUUCUGAUGUCACAGGAAAAAUAAAGCUCAAGAGGGAGUUCUUUUUGCCUCCAAAAGGCUGGGAAUGGGAAGGAGAGUGGAUAGUUGAUCCUGAAAGAAGCUUGCUGACCGAGGCGGACGCGGGUCACACGGAGUUCACCGAUGAAGUCUACCAGAACGACAGUCGCUACCCCGGGAGCGAGUGGAAGCCAGCCGAGGACACCUACACCGAUGCGAAUGGUGAUAAAGCAGCAUCUCCCAGUGAGUUGACUUGUCCUCCAGGUUGGGAAUGGGAAGACGAUGCAUGGGCCUAUGACAUAAAUCGGGCGGUGGAUGAGAAAGGCUGGGAGUAUGGAAUUACCAUUCCUCCUGAUAAUAAGCCCAAAUCGUGGGUUGCAGCAGAGAAAAUGUAUCAUACUCAUAGAAGGCGAAGGCUGAUCCGAAAACGCAAAAAAGAUUUAACACAAUCCACUUCAAGUACUGCAAAGGCCAUGGAAGAACUUGAAGACCGGGAGGGCUGGGAAUAUGCUUCUUUAAUUGGCUGGAAGUUCCACUGGAAGCAGCGUAGUUCCGAUACCUUUCGCCGCAGACGCUGGAGGAGAAAAAUGGCUCCUUCAGAAACACAUGGUUCAGCUGCCAUCUUUAAACUUGAGGGUGCCCUUGGGGCAGAUACUACUGAGGACGGCGAUGAAAAGAGUGUGGAGAAACAGAAGCACAGCGCCACCACUGUGUUCGGGGCAAACACUCCCAUCGUUUCCUGUAAUUUUGACAGAGUCUACUUAUAUCAUCUGCGCUGCUAUAUUUAUCAAGCCAGAAAUCUCAUGGCCUUAGACAAGGAUAGCUUUUCAGAUCCAUAUGCUCACAUUUCCUUCCUCCAUCGAAGCAAAACCACCGAGAUCAUCCACUCAACCCUCAAUCCCACAUGGGACCAAACAAUUAUAUUUGACGAAAUUGAAAUCUAUGGGGAACCCCAGGCAGUUCUGCAGAACCCACCCAAAGUUACCAUUGAACUUUUUGACAAUGACCAAGUGGGCAAAGAUGAAUUUUUAGGACGAAGUAUUUGCUCUCCUCUCGUGAAACUCAACUCAGAAAUGGACAUCACACCCAAGCUUCUCUGGUACCCAGUGAUGAAUGGAGACAAGGCCUGUGGGGAUGUCCUUGUAACCGCAGAGCUGAUUCUGAGGGACAAGGAUGGCUCCAACCUUCCCAUUCUUCCCUCUCAAAGGGCACCAAAUCUCUACAUGGUCCCCCAGGGAGUCAGGCCUGUGGUCCAGCUCACUGCUAUUGAGAUUCUAGCUUGGGGCUUAAGAAAUAUGAAGAACUACCAGAUGGCUUCUGUCACAUCCCCCAGUCUCAUUGUGGAGUGUGGAGGGGAAAGGGUAGAAUCGGUGGUGAUCAAAAACCUUAAGAAGACACCCAACUUUCCAAGUUCUGUUCUCUUCAUGAAAGUGUUCCUGCCCAAGGAGGAAUUGUACAUGCCUCCACUGGUGAUCAAGGUCAUCGAUCACAGGCAGUUUGGGCGGAAGCCCGUCGUUGGCCAGUGCACCAUUGACCGCCUGGACCGUUUCCGCUGCGACCCUUAUGCAACAAAGGAGGACAUUGUGCCACAGUUAAAAGCCUCGCUUCUGGCUGCCCCACCCUGCCGGGAUAUUGUUAUUGAAAUAGAAGACACCAAACCGUUACUGGCUUCUAAGCUGACAGAAAAGGAGGAAGAAAUUGUUGACUGGUGGAGUAAAUUUUAUGCUUCCUCGGGGGAACAUGAAAAAUGUGGACAAUAUAUUCAGAAAGGCUAUUCCAAACUCAAGAUAUAUGAUUGUGAACUAGAGGAUGUAACAGAAUUCGAGGGCCUGACAGACUUCUCAGAUACUUUCAAAUUGUACCGAGGCAAAUCAGACGAGAAUGAAGACCCUUCUGUGGUAGGAGAGUUCAAGGGCUCCUUUCGGAUCUACCCCCUGUCAGAUGACCCCAGUGUGCCGGCCCCUCCCAGGCAGUUUCGGGAAUUACCUGACAGCGUCCCGCAGGAAUGCACGGUUAGGAUUUACAUUGUUCGAGGCUUAGAGCUCCAGCCCCAGGACAACAAUGGCCUGUGUGACCCUUACAUAAAAAUAACACUAGGCAAAAAAGUCAUUGAAGACCGAGACCACUACAUUCCCAACACUCUCAACCCAGUUUUUGGCAGAAUGUACGAACUGUGUUGCUACUUACCUCAAGAAAAAGACCUGAAAAUUUCUGUCUACGAUUAUGACACUUUUACGCGUGAUGAAAAAGUGGGAGAAACAAUUAUUGAUUUGGAAAACCGAUUCCUUUCCCGGUUUGGGUCCCACUGUGGCAUACCUGAGCAGUAUUGUGUUUCUGGAAUAAAUACCUGGCGAGAUCAAUUGAGACCAACACAGUUGCUUCAAAAUGUAGCCAGAUUCAAAGGCUUCCCACCACCUAUCCUUUCCGAAGAUGGAAGUAGAAUCAGAUAUGGAGGACGAGACUACAGUCUGGAUGAAUUUGAAGCCAACAAAAUCCUGCACCAGCACCUUGGGGCCCUUGAAGAGCGUCUUGCCCUUCACAUCCUCAGGACUCAGGGGCUGGUCCCUGAGCAUGUAGAAACGAGGACUUUGCACAGCACCUUCCAGCCCAACAUCUCCCAGGGAAAACUUCAGAUGUGGGUGGAUGUUUUCCCCAAGAGUUUGGGGCCACCAGGACCUCCUUUCAACAUCACACCCCGGAAAGCCAAGAAAUACUACCUGCGUGUUAUCAUCUGGAACACCAAGGAUGUUAUCCUGGAUGAGAAAAGCAUCACAGGAGAGGAAAUGAGCGACAUCUACGUGAAAGGCUGGAUUCCUGGCAAUGAAGAAAACAAACAGAAAACAGAUGUCCAUUACAGAUCCUUGGAUGGUGAAGGGAAUUUUAACUGGAGAUUUGUUUUCCCAUUUGACUACCUCCCAGCUGAACAACUCUGCAUUGUUGCUAAAAAAGAGCAUUUCUGGAGUAUUGACCAAACGGAAUUUCGAGUCCCACCCAGGCUGAUCAUUCAGAUAUGGGACAAUGACAAGUUUUCUCUGGAUGACUACUUGGGUUUCCUGGAACUUGAUUUGCAUCACGCAAUCAUUCCGGCAAAAUCAUCAGAGAAAUGCAGCUUAGACAUGAUUCCGGACCUCAAAGCCAUGGACCCCCUUAAGGCUAAGACUGCCUCACUCUUUGAGCAGAAGUCCAUGAAAGGAUGGUGGCCGUGCUACAUGGAAAAGGACGGCUCCCGUGUGAUGGCUGGGAAAGUGGAGAUGACAUUGGAAAUCCUCAAUGAGAAGGAGGCUGACGAGCGGCCAGCCGGGAAGGGGCGGGAUGAACCCAACGUGAACCCCAAGCUGGACCCACCAAACCGCCCAGAAACCUCCUUCCUCUGGUUCACCAACCCGUGCAAGACCAUGAAGUUCAUCGUGUGGCGCCGGUUUAAGUGGGUCAUCAUCGGGCUGCUGAUUCUGCUUAUCCUGCUGCUCUUCGUGGCUGUGCUCCUGUACUCCCUGCCGAACUAUUUAUCAAUGAAGAUUGUGAGGCCCAAUGCCUAAUGAAAGCAAAGGCUUCUUUUCAAGAGUCCCCAGGAGGGACUCCUGCCUGUUCUGCGGACCACUGUCGAGCGUGAUUUUGUCCGUGUCAGACACUGCACCCCAGUAGCGUGUUGCACGUCCCUGAGGCCCGUCAGUGACCAGAGGGCCUAAAUCCUGGAAAGUCCGGCCAACAAGCAAUAUUUUUAUCUCGUUAUCUUUUGAAGUAUUAAAAGUUUUAUUUUCUAAAGUUUUAACCUUGUUCUUCAGAAUAUUUUUCAAGGUGGGCUGGUUCCAUUGAAACAUCAUUUUAUUUGUCCUUAGUUCUAUAAUUCAAUUUUUGGAAAUUGCUGAUUUAGAAUUUGAAGUUUUCAAUAGACUUCUUAUUUGUAACCAAGAAAAAGGACUGUGCAUUAUAAAAACAGUUAGACUAGUUAUACUCUUAUCUAUGCCUGCAACCAUUGUUAUAUUUUGUACGGAUUAAAUGAGACUCUACUCAACUUCUGUGAUGAAUGCAAAUAAAAAUGUUUUGCCUUUUGCACAAA